UCAUUGCCAAGCCCCGCGAGAAGGACGAGGAGAAGGCCAAGAAGAAACCGGCCAAGAAGGAGGAGGAGAAGAAGAUGGAGGAGGAGGAGCAGAAGGUGGAGCUCAAGAAGGGGGAGAAGCGGGAGCUGGACCAGAAGGGCGCGGACGACGAGAAGGUGAAGCUGAAGAAGGUUGAAAAGAAGGAGGUCGAGCUGAAGGUCGAAGAGCAGAAGGUGCAGCUGCGCAAGGUGGAGCAGAAGGACGGCGAGCUGAAGGUGGAGGAGAAGAAGGCCGAGCUGCGGAAGGUCGAGCGGAAGGAAGCGGAACUGAAGGUGGACGGCGAGAAGGUGGAGCUGAAGAAAGUCGAGCGCCGGGCCUCGGAGGCGAAGGUGGAGGAGAAGAAGGUCGAGCUUAAGAAGGCUCCGGAGCCGGAGAAAAUCGAAAUCAAGGUCGAGGAGGCGAAGAAAGUCGAAACGACGAAGGAGGAAACGAUCCAGAUCAAGGUGGAGGAGGACCGCCGAGGAUCGAUUCCCAAGAUUAAGGAGGAACCGGCACCGGCUCAGAAAGGACUGGAAGCGCCGAGCAUCGAGAUCAUCCGGGACAAGGGGAGCCGCCGCGGUUCGUUCAUGGACGAUCGUCGCCCGAGUCUGCUGAUCAACGAUGAUUCCAAACUAAGGCCCGGUGAGGUGGUCGACGAACGUAAGAAGCGACGACCAUCAAUCGAUGUCCGUCGCCCGAGCAUUCAAGAUAUGGACGAGAAGAUCAACCUCCCGUCGACGCCACUGCGUGCCAUCGGGGACGUGGGCAAGGCUGCCGUCAUCGUGGACUUCCAGGAGAGCUACUCGGCCGUGGAAGAUCAAACGGGCUACAUUUCGGUGCAGGUCGAGGGUAACCCGGCACCGACCUGGAAGUUCUUCAAGGGUAUCACCGAGCUGGUCGAUGGCGGUCGCUACAAGCAUCACACCGACGGCGAAAGCAACACCAUCACGCUCUGCAUCCGCAAGGUGAAGCCGAACGAUGAGGGCAAGUACAAGGUGGUGGUCUCGAACGCGCACGGCGAGGACAGCGCGGACGUGCAGCUGUACGUGUCCGACUCCAGCGGCAUGGACUUCCGCGCCAUGCUGAAGAAGCGGAAGUACGCCAAGUGGGGCAACCAGGAGAAGGACCCGGACUGGGGCGACCUGAAGGAGGUGGAGAAACCGAAGCCGCAGCUAAAGAAAGUCGAACGAAAACAAGAUACGUUCUCCAAGCCGCUGGUCGACAUCACGUGCAAGGAGGGCCGCGAGAAGAAGGUAGUGUUCGAGGCUACCUUCACCAAGCCCAACUCGAAGGCGAAGUGGUUGUUCCGCAAAGACGAGAUCUUUGUUGGAUCGAAGUACAAGAUGAAGGCGGAAGGGGACAACUAUACCUGCACGAUCUUCAACCCCAAGGUGGAGGACGGUGGCAAGUAUACGGUGGAAAUUGCCGGCAUCUCCUGCUUCGCCUACCUGAACGUGGAGGAAGCGGACCCGGUGUACAAGUUUACGAAGAAUCUGAAAAAAGCCGAGAAGGGCUUCCUCACGCACGACUGCACGCUCGAGUGUGCGGUCGACAACUCGCUCGCCCCGAUCGGCUGGUACAAGGGUGAAACGAAGCUGGAGAACAACGAUAAGUACGUGAUCGGCAAGGACCUGAACGGCACGGUGACGCUCAUCAUCAAGAACUGUACCGCGGACGAUGCCGACUCGUACCGGUGCCAGAUCGAGAAGCAAACGGACAAGACUGAAACGAAGCUGAAGAUCCUGGAGUACAACUACAAGUUCACCAAGGUCCUCAAGAGCCAGCAGCUGUUCGUGAAGGACACCGUGACGAUGGCCUGCGAGCUGGACCACGUGCUCGGCAAGGUGGAGUGGUUCAAGGGCGACGAGAAGAUUGUCGAAAGCGACCGGGUCCAGAUCGUCAAGGACGGCCGCAAGCACAAGCUGGUGCUGAAGGACGCCGCCAAGACGGACAGUGGCGUGUACCGGUGCGUCAGCAACGCGGACAAAACGGAAGCCGAAAUCUUCGUCAAACGGCCGAACAAGUUCAUGAUGAAGCUGAGCGACACGGUGGGCAACGAGACCGAGAAGUGCACGCUGGAGAUUAAGGUACAGGACGAGGAGGCCGACGUGGCGUUCUUUUUGGGUGAAACCGAGCUGAAAAAGGACGGCCGCAUUGACAUCAUCAACCAAGGGGACGGCACGCACCAGCUGGUGUUCAGCAAGCUGGAACUGGCGGAUGCCGGGGAAAUUCGUUGCGAGUGUGGCCCACUGACCAGCAAGUGUACGCUGAAGGUCAACAAGAAGGAAACGAAACCCCGGUUCGAGGUACCACCGAAGGUGGAAACCCCGGCCAAGGUGGAGAAGGUUCUGGAGGUACCGUUCACAACCGGUGAGUCGCGCCAGUCCAAGGUCGAGGCGAAGGUGUACAAAGAUGGUAAACCGGUGUCACCGGAUGAGGUUGAUAUAGUUGUAGAGCACGACAAGCUGGUGCUUAGGUUCAAGCAGACCGAGUUCCGGAACUCGGGCGAGCUCAAGAUUGAGCUGAAGAACGCCACCGGCACCGAAGAGCAUACCACUAACGUUGUCUUCCAGGAUAAGCCGCAGCCCCCGCAGGACCUGGGCUGCACCGGUAUCUACCAGACCAAGUGCGUCGUCCGGUGGAAGGAGCCCGAGAACGACGGGGGCGCUCCGCUGGAGAAGUACGUCAUCGAGCGGCAGGAUGUGUUCAAGCGCUCCGGCUGGGACCCGCUGGCCGAGACGCCGGGCGACCAGUGUAAGUUCAACUGCAACGACCUGGUGUCCGGCCGCCACUACAAGUUCCGCGUGAAGGCCGUCAACAAGAUGGGCGAAUCGGAGUACUGUGCGAUGGAGAACGACAUCAUUGCCAAGGACCCGUGGACGGAGCCGGAUCCCCCGCGGGACCUCGAGAUUGCCGACUGGGACAAGGACUUUGUCGAUCUGCGGUGGAAGGUGCCGAAAUCGGACGGUGGAGCACCGAUCAGCAGCUACAUCGUGGAGUACAAACCGUACACGGCCGCCAGCUGGAAGCGCUACGAGGACGUCGGUGCGCACCAGCUGAACACCACGCUGCGUGGGCUGAAGGAGGGCGAAACGUUCGAGUUCCGCGUGAAGGCGGUCAAUCAGGGUGGUGAGAGCAAACCGAGCAACAGCACGGAGCCACUGAAGAUCCGCGAUCGCUACGUGAAACCGUUCAUCGAGGGCGAAGGCUUGCAGCCGAUCACGCUGAAGAAGGGCCAAACGAUACGGUACUACGUGCAGUACGGGGGCGAACCCGAACCGGAGGUCGUCUGGGAGAAGGACAACAUUCUGGUGAUCUGUGACUCGGAGAAGCGCAAAACGAUCGACGUGGAGGGGUCCGCCACCACGAUCCAGGUGCGGCACGCGGUCCGGGCGGACUCGGGUGACUACAAGCUGCGGCUGAAGAACGGUAGCGGUGAGUUCGUCACCAUCGGCAAGGUGCUGGUACUGGACGUGCCCACGCAGCCGAUCGGGCCGAUCAAGAUAGAGAAGGCGCGCGCGAAUCACGUGGUGAUUAGCUGGCAGCCGCCCGAGGACAGCGGGGGCUGCCCACUGACCGGGUACCUGCUGGAGAAGAUGGACGUGGAGAACGGAACCUGGCUGCAGGCUGGGGAGUGCGGAGCCGAGCAGCUCACGUUCGACUUCCAGCACCUGCAGAAGGGCCGCAAGUUUGAGUUCCGCGUCAAGGCGUACAACAAGGAGGGCGAAUCGACGCCCCUGGAAACCCUGUUGGCCGUCAAGACGGUCAACCCGUACGAUCCACCAGAGGCACCGGGUAAGCCGUACGUCGACGAUUACGGUGUGGACUUCGUGGAGCUGAAAUGGGAGAAACCAGAGAAGGACGGUGGACGGCCCAUCACGCACUACAUUGUGGAGUGCAAGAACAAGUUCCUUACCGACUGGACGGAGUGUGCCAAGUCCGAGACGGACGACUGUGUGCUGAAGGUGCACGGGCUCAAGGAGAAGGUAGUCUACCAGUUCCGGGUGCGGGCCGUCAACAAGGGUGGCCCGUCGAAGGCUUCCGAACCGAGCGACAACCACACGGUCAAGCACAGGAACCUGAAACCCCGCAUUGAUCGUACGAACCUGAAGAACAUCACCAUCAAGGCGGGCAAAUCGAUGAUCUGGUCGGUGGACGUGAAGGGUGAACCGGAGCCGGAGAUCAUCUGGACCUGGCGCGACAAUAUUCCGCUGACCGACACCGAGAACAUCAAGAUCGAGAACGGUAACUACCACACCAACUUCUCGAUCAAGGAAGCCAAGCGCGUGGACACGGGCAAGUACAAAAUCGUCGCCCAGAACGUGAACGGCAAGGACGAGGAAACGGUCGAGCUGGUGGUGCUGGGUGCCCCGGGCAGACCGCAGGGCAAGCUGGAAAUUUCCAACGUCACCAAGAAGGGCCUGAAGCUGCGGUGGAAGAAACCGGCCGACGAUGGUGGCAGCCCGAUCAAGGAGUACCGGAUCGAGAAGCUGAAGAACCGCAACGGCAAGUGGGUCCGCUGCGGUACCGUCACCGGGGGUCCCGAACUACUCGAGGCGGACAUUACCGGUCUGGACGAGGGUGCCACCUACAAGUUCCGCGUGAUCGGCGUGAAUGCGGAGGGUGAUGGAGAACCGCUCGAGUCGGACGAAGUGGUGGCCAAGAACCCGUACGAUGAGCCGUGGAAACCGGGCACACCCGAGAUCGUGGACUACGACGACAAGUCGGUGAAGCUGAAGUGGACACCACCGAAAUCGGACGGUGGUGCCCCGAUCCAGAAGUACGUGAUCCAGAAGAAGGAACGCUUCAAGGACUGGGAGGAUGUGAGCGAAGUCGAUGGCGGUGAAACGGCGGCCACCGUUGAGGACCUGAAGGAGAACACCGAGUGUCAGUUCCGUAUCGUCGCCGUCAACAAGGCGGGCCGUUCGCCGGAAUCGGAACCGACCAAGUCGCACAUUGUGAAGCACCGGGCACUGAAGCCGCGUAUCGAUCGCACGAACCUGAAACCGAUCGUGGUCCGGGCCGGCAAGCUGGUACACUACGAUGUCAACGUGAAGGGUGAACCGGAGCCGGAGAUUACGUGGAUCGUCAAGGAGAAGCCGGUGUUUGCCGAUGCCAACUACGAGAUCGUCAACAAGGACUACAACACCAAGUUCACGAUCAAGGACAGCCUGCGGAAGCACAGCGGAGUGUACAAGGUCCAGGCGAAGAACGAGCACGGGCAGGACGAGGCGGACGUCGAGAUUACGAUCCUGUCGAGCCCGAGCAAACCGAAGGGCCCGCUGGAGGUGAAGGACGUCACCAAGAAUGGGUGCAAGCUGAAGUGGAAGAAACCGGACGACGACGGUGGGAAACCGAUCACGGGCUACGAGCUGCAGAAGUACGACCAGAAGGUGGGCCGCUGGGUCCCGAUCGGCAAGGCACCGGGCGAUGCCGAAGAGUUCGACGUCACCGGGCUGCAGGAGGGCCAACACUACAAGUUCCGCGUGAAGGCCAUCAACGACGAGGGUGAAUCGGAGCCGCUCGAAACAGAGGAGUACACGGUCGCGAAGAAUCCGUUCGAUGUACCGAAGGCACCGCAGGACCUGGUGAUCGCCGACUGGGACAACCAGUCCGUCGCGCUCGAGUGGAAACGGCCCAGCUCGGAUGGUGGGGCGCCCAUCACCGGGUACUUUGUGGAGAAGAAAGAAAAGGGCGAGACCAAGUGGGAACCGGCGGUCACUACCAGUUCACCCGAGUGCCGUGCGAAGGUGGGCGAUCUGCCCGAGAAGCGCGUCUACCAGUUCCGUGUCAGUGCGAUCAAUAAGGCCGGAACUGGUGAGGCGUCCGACCCGACCAACUUCCAUACCGUGAAGCACCGUUACCUGCGUCCACGGAUCGAUCGUACCAACCUGAACCCGGUCACGAUCAAGGCGGGUCUGUCGGUGCAGUACGACAUCGACAUCGAGGGCGAGCCAGCCCCGACGGUCAAGUGGUUCCACGGCGAAAAGGAGAUCGGCACCGAUGCCGACUACAAGAUCGACAACGUGGACUACAACACCAAGUUCUUCAUCAUGCGCGGCCGCCGUAACUUGACGGGCAAGUACACGAUCGUAGCGACGAACUCGCAGGGCGAAGAUCGGGCCGAGGUCGAGAUCAGCAUCCUCAGCAAACCGGGCACUCCGGAGGGUCCACUGGAGGCUUCCGAGAUCCACAAGCACGGCUGCAAGCUGAAGUGGAAGGCCCCGCUCGACGAUGGCGGUAUGCCGAUCGAGGGGUACGAAAUCGAGAAGCUGGACCCGCUCACCGGCCAGUGGAUACCGUGUGGCCAGAGUGCCACUCCCGAGGCCAACAUCACCGGGCUGCAGGAGGGCAAACAGUACAAGUUCCGCGUGAAGGCCUUCAACAAGGAGGGCGACAGUGAACCGCUCGAGAUGGAGACCGUCAUCGUGGCGAAGGAUCCGUUCAGUGUGCCGAGCAAACCGGGCCGUCCGACACCGAUCAACUGGAGCAAGGACUUUGUGGAGUUGGAAUGGGGUGCACCGAAGAACGACGGCGGGGCACCGGUCACGGAGUACAUCAUCCAGAAACGGGACAAGGCGUCGCGCAAGUGGCAGGAUGCGGCCACGGUGAAAGGGGACCGUACCCGUGGCACCGUAGAGGACGUGGAGGAAGGCCACGAGUACGAGUUCCGUGUGGUGGCCGUGAACCGGGCGGGACAGUCGGAACCGAGCGAUAUCUCCGAUUCGGUGGUGGCGAAGAUGCGCUUCCUGGCGCCGAAGAUCGACCGCAAGAACCUGGACAAGAAGGUGCUCCGUAGCGGGCAGCUGCUGAACGUGGAGGCCGACGUGGCGGGUGAACCGGCACCGAAGGUGACCUGGGAGUUCGCGGGUAAACCGGUGGAUGGACGGGGUGAUGAGCGCAUCAAGCUGGAUAACGAGGACUACAAGACGGCGCUGGUGAUCCGGAAUCUGAAGCGGGCCGAUGCCGGUAUCUACAAGAUUACGGCGAAGAACGACUCCGGAACCGAUACGGUCGAUCUGGAGCUGGUGGUACUGGCGAAACCGUCCAAGUGUCUCGGACCACUGAAGGUGUCCGAGGUGACGGCCGAUGGCUGCAAGCUGAACUGGUUGCCCCCGGAGGAUGACGGUGGGGAACCGAUCCAGGCGUACAUCGUCGAGCGGAUGGACGUGGACAGUGGGCGGUGGAUUCAGGUGUGCGAGACCCGCUUCCCGGAGGCCGACGUGACGGGGCUGCAGGAGGGCAAGGAGUACAUGCUGCGGGUGAAGGCCGUCAACAGUGAGGGUGAAUCGGACCCGCUGGAGACGGACACGGCGAUCCGGGCGAAGAACCCGUACGAUGCGCCGAGUGCCCCCGGGAAACCGAAGCCGGUGGACUGGUCCCGUAAGUACGUGAUGCUGGAGUGGAAGGAACCGGAGAGCGAUGGCAACUCGCCGAUUCAGAAGUACAUCAUCGAGAAGAAGGACGUGAACAGCACCAAGUGGCAGAAGGCGAUGGAGACGGACGGGCCCGAAACGAAGGCCAAGGUGGGGGAUCUGUUCGAGGGCACCACGUACCAGUUCCGGGUGAAGGCCGUCAACAGGGGGGGCCAGAGCCCGUACUCGCCGCUCUCGGAUCCGGUCACGGUGAAGGAUCGGUUCGCACCGCCCCGCAUCGAUCGGUCCACGCUGAAGAACGUGACGCUCAAGGGUGGCCAGUCGCUGCGGUUGGACUGCAAGAUCAGCGGAGAGCCGGCCCCGACCAAGUACUGGCUGCUGAACAAGGCGCGCGUCGAGAAGGACACUCCGGAGGUGCGCGUCGAGUUCGAGGAUUACCGCGCCAAGCUGACGAUCAGCAACAUUACCCGCGCUCACGGUGGUGCGUACGAGAUUAAGGCCGAGAACGCUUCCGGGUACGACGAGGCACAGCUCACGGUGACGGUGCUAGAUAAACCGACCGCACCGGAGGGACCGCUGAAGGUGUCGAACGUCCACAAGGAGGGCUGCUCGCUGAAGUGGAACCCACCGCUGGACGAUGGCGGGGUGCCGAUCGAGUACUACAACGUGGAGAAGUUCGACAAGGAAACGCAACGCUGGUUGCCGGUGGGCCGAACGCACGACACGCACAUGGACGUGGCGAAUUUGGAGCCGGGCCAGGAGUACCUGUUCCGCGUGUCGGCCGUCAACGAUGAGGGCGUUUCGGAACCGCUCGCCACGGACACGUACAUCACGGCGAAGAAUCCGUUCGACGAGCCGGGCAAACCGGGCACUCCGGAAGCGUACGACUGGGACAAGAACCACGUGGAGCUCCGCUGGACCCCGCCGAUGACGGACGGGGGAUCACCGAUCACACGGUACGUCGUGGAGAAGCGUGUCCACGGUACGAUCAAGUGGAUCAAGUGUGCCGAGGUGCUCGGCAACAAGUGCGAGGCCAAGGUGACGGAGCUGAACGAGGGCGAGGUGUACGAGUUUAAGGUACGGGCCGUGAACGAAGCCGGACCGGGUGCGUGGAGCGACCAGAGCAAGCCGAUCACCUGCAAGCCGCGUAAACUGCCGCCGAAGAUUGAUCGUCGCAACCUGAAGAACCUGAGCGUGGCCAUCGGGGAACCGUUCGGGUUCGAUGUGAAAAUUGCGGGCGAACCUGCGCCGGACGUGGACUGGACGAUCAACGAUCGGAUGGUGACGGUGACGACGACGCGCACGAUCGACAACGUGCCGUACAAUAGCAAGUUUGCCAACCAGAACCCGGACCGGCGCGACUCGGGCAAGUACGUCAUCAAGGCGACGAACAAGUUCGGAACGGAUCAGGUGGAGAUCACGGUCACCGUGAGAUCGAAACCUGCCAUUCCGGAGGGCCCCCUGGAGGUGAAGGACAUGACGAAGGACAGCUGCAAGCUGGAGUGGAAGAAACCGAAAGACGAUGGCGGUGUACCGAUCGACCACUACGUCAUCGAGAAGUUCGACCCGGACAACGGGAUCUGGAUGAACGCGGGCAAAACGGACGGCCCGCUGACGGAGUUCCCGGUGGAGGGGCUCGUCCUGGGCCAUCGCUACAAGUUCCGCGUGAAGGCCGUCAAUCCCGAGGGCGAAUCGGACCCACUGGAAACCGCGGGCACGGUCGUCGCGAAGGAUAGCUUCUCCGUUCCCGACACACCCAGCGCUCCGACGGUGGUGGAUUGGUCCGAGAACCAUGCCGUGCUGAAGUGGCCCGAGCCGGACGAUGGUGGCAGUCCGAUCACCGGGUACAUCAUCGAGAAGAAGGACAAAUACAGUCCGAUCUGGGAGAAGGCGAUCGAGACGAACUCACCCAACCCGACCGCCACCGUCGGUGGGUUGGUCGAGGGUAACGAGUAUCAGUUCCGUGUGGUGGCCAUCAACAAGGCGGGCCCGUCGCCCCCGUCCGACUCGAGCCGUACGUUUACGGCGAAACCACGGUUCGCACCGCCCAAGAUCGAUCGGCGCACGAUCCGCGAUCUGUCGAUUUCGGCUGGCUCGAUGCUGAAGUUUGAUGUGGCGAUCGCCGGGGAACCGGCACCGAAGUGUGAGUGGCGGGUUAAUAAGGCGAUCGUGACCGGCGGUGAUCGGCGGCUGGAGAUCCUUAACACGGACUACAACUCCAAGUUUAUCCUGCGUCCGGCGAGCCGGGCCGAUUCGGGUGACUACGAGAUCACGGCUACGAACUCGUCCGGCCGGGAUCACGUGCUGGUGCAGGUGACGGUAACGGAUAAGCCGGGCGCUCCGGAGGGACCGCUGGCCGUGUCGGACGUGACGAAGGAGACGUGCAAGCUGAAGUGGAAGCGGCCGAAGGAUGACGGUGGGUGCGACAUCGAGUACUACCAGAUCGAGCGGUUCGAUGACGAGGUGAAGGCGUGGGUUCCGCACGCCCGGAGCGUGGAAACGAACGCGGACAUUAGCGGGCUGCAGGAUGGCCGGAAGUACAAGUUCCGGGUGAGCGCCGUGAACGCGGAGGGUGAAUCGAAACCCCUGGAGCAGAGCGGGGACUUUAUCGCGAAGAAUCCGUACGAUGAACCGUCGGCCCCGCGGGACUGUAAGGCGACCGACUGGGGUACGGACUUUGUGAAGCUGGCGUGGCAACCGCCGGUCAGCGACGGAGGAUCCCCCGUCACCGGGUACAUCGUGGAGGUGAAGGACAAGUACGGCGAGUGGGAACGCAAGAUGGCGGUGCCAGCGGAUGCCACGGAAGCGACCGUUCCGGAGUUGGCCGAGGGCCAGAAGUACGAGUUCCGGGUACGGGCCGUCAACGGGGCAGGUCCUAGUGAACCGAGCAACGCGACUCCACCGAUCGUCUGCAAGCCCCGCAAUCAGCCACCGAAGAUCGAUCGGACCAACCUGGUGGAGGUGCGGAUCAAGGCCGGCAACAACGUGGUGUUCGACGUGAAGGUAUCGGGUGAACCCGUCCCGACGACCCGCUGGUCGAUCAACAAGCGCGAAGUGAAGCCGACCGAUCGGUACAAGCUGCAGAACUACGAUUACAGCACCAAGCUAACGAUCCGUUCGGCGACACGGGAAGAGAGUGGCACCUACCAGCUGGAAGCGGAGAACGAGAAUGGGAAGGAUACGGCCACGGUUCAGGUGACGGUGCUGGAUGUACCGAGUCCACCGGGAGGUCCACUGAAGGUGCCGGAAAUUACGGCCAACAGUGCGCUGCUCGAGUGGCGCCCACCAUCCGAUGACGGAGGGUUGCCGAUCGACAACUACAUCAUCGAGAAGCUGGACGAGGUGAAGGGUACCUGGGUGUACGCGGGAGACUCGGGUGGGCCACGGUGCCGGGCCGAGGUGGAUGGGCUGAUCGAGGGCCACACGUACAAGUUCCGGGCCCGGGCCGUUAAUAAGAUGGGCCGCUCGGAACCACUGACGAUGGGGAACUCGGUGCUGGCGAAGAACCCGUACCGGGCGCCCGGCCGCCCCGAGCAGGUCACGAUCAAGGACUACGAUCGGGAUUACGUGGAGUUGGAGUGGAAGGCGCCCGAGAGCGAUGGUGGAUCACCGAUCACGGGCUACGUCAUCGAGAAGCUGGGUAAAUACUCGAGCGACUGGGAGAAAGCGGUCGAGGUGCCGGAUGGGGCGGCCACCAGUGCCGUGGUGCCGGACCUGAUCGAGGGUACCGCGUACCAGUUCCGGGUGCGGGCCGUUAACCGGGCGGGCGAAGGGGAGCCGAGCCGGCCAACGGAAUCGCACGUGGCGCGCAGCAAGAACCAGCCGCCUCGGAUCGACCGGAACCACCUGUCGAACGUGAAGAUCCGGGCCGGGCUGACGUUCGAGUUUGACGUGCCGGUCAGCGGGGAACCGGUGCCGGCGAAGGAGUGGUCCCACAAGGACAACAUGAUCAUCAACACCGACCGGAUCAAGGUGGUGUACGAGAACUACCGGACGAAGCUGCGGGUGAUCGAUGUGAAGCGGGGCGAUAGCGGUGUUUACACGCUGACGGCGAAGAACAAGAACGGGGUGGACGUGGCGACCGUGAACGUUACCAUCCUGGAUGUGCCGGCACCUCCCGAGGGCCCGAUCCGGUUCGAGAACCUCUCGAAGACGGGCGUGACGCUGAUGUGGCGCCCACCGAAGGAUGAUGGCGGGUCGGAGAUUCUGCACUACGUCGUGGAGAAGCUGGACACGGAUCAGCUGCGCUGGGUGCCGGUCGGCGAGACGAUCUCGACGAAGAUCCGGCCGGACAACUUGAUCGAGGGCCACUCGUACCAGUUCCGGGUGCGGGCCGUCAACAAGCAGGGCGAAUCGACACCGCUCAUGACGACGCAGCCGAUCACGGCGAAGGACCCGUACAGCAAGCCGGACAAACCGGGCAAACCGAUCGCCGUGGACUGGGGUGACGACCACGUCGACCUGGAGUGGACCAUCCCGAAGCGGGACGGGGGCGCCCCGAUCACGAGCUACAUCGUGGAGAAGCGUCCGCGCUACGGUGACUGGAAGCUGGCCGGGGAGUUCACGGAGCUCUACAAACCAUCGGCCAAGAUCCGGGAGCUUACGAAGGACGAGGAGUACGAGUUCCGGGUGUGCGCCGUCAACAAGGCGGGCGUCAGUGAUCCGAGCGAACCAUCGGAACCGGUCGUCUGCCGAUCGCGCUUCGUACCGCCACACUUCAACAAGGGCGCCCUCAAGGAUCUGGUGGUGCCGGUCGGUAAGAAGAUUGCCUAUAACAUCUCCGUCGAGGCAUCGCCACAGGUGACGGCCGUCUGGAAGCGUAACGGUGUGGUAAUUCCCGAAGCCCAGCGUGUCAUCCGGGAAGUCCACAACAACGAGGUAUCGUUCGAGAUUCCAUUCUCCGUGCGGGAUGAUACCGGCCUCUACACGCUCAUCGUCAAGAACGAGUGUGGUGAGUUCUCGGCUUCCGCCAACGUGACGGUGCUGGAUAAACCGGCUCCACCGGAGGGACCGCUACGUAUCACGAACAUCACGACCGAGGGUUGCCGGCUGGAAUGGAAGCUCCCGAAGGACGACGGGGGUGCACCGAUCACACACUACGUCAUCGAGAAGAUGGAUAUGUCGCGCGGUACGUGGACCAGUGCCGGUAUGAGCACAUCCCUCGUGAACGAGAUCUCACGAUUGAUCCACAACAAACGUUACUCGUUCCGCGUGAAAGCCGUCAACGAGAUCGGUGAAUCGGAACCACUGGACUGUGGGCAUCCGAUUGUGGCGAAGCGAGACUUUGAGGAACCGUCGCAACCACCGAAACCGGAGGUGCGCGAUUGGGACGCCAACUCGGUGACGAUCGCGUGGAAUCCACCCAAAUCGGACGGAGGGGCCGCGAUCACCGAGUACAUCGUGCAGCGGAAGGAGAAGGAUAGCCCGUACUGGAGCAACGCGGGCCGGGUGCCCGGCAUCAAGCGGGAUCUCCAGAUUCCGGACCUGGCCACCGAGACCGAGUACGAGUUCCGCGUGAUCGCGGUGAAUGCGGCGGGCGAAUCGGAACCAUCGGACGCAUCCGAUGCGGUCCUGACCCGAUCGCGAUUCAUCGCACCCAAGAUUGUGACCCCGCUCCGGGAUAUGGUCGUGAAGGCGGGUCUGAUCUUCCACCUGGACGCCGCGUUCACCGGUGAACCGGUACCGGACGUGGAGUGGACCCUGAACGGAAAGCCGGUCAGUACGGAUAAGCGCACCACGAUGACAGCCCUCGGACAUCACACGAUCGUCCACACGGUUAACUGUAACCGCGGGGAUUCAGGCACCUACCGGCUCGUGAUCAGUAACUCGAGCGGUCAGGACGAAGGUAGCUUCCAGCUGACGGUUCUAGAUCGGCCCGAUCCACCGCAAGGCCCGCUGGUGUACGAAGAGAUCACCGAGAAGAGCGUGACGGUGUCCUGGAAACCACCGACCGAUAACGGUGGCUCGGAACUGACCGGCUACGUAGUGGAGAAACGGGACCUAACGCACGGCGGUGGCUGGGUUCCGGCCGUCGCUUACGUCAACCCGAAGUACACGCACACGGUGGUUCCGCGGUUGAACAAGGGCAACAAGUACGAGUUCCGGGUGAUGGCCGAGAAUCUGCAGGGUCGCUCGGACGGGCUCGCCAGUGGACACCCGGUGGUGGCGAAGGACCAAUUCGUGGUGCCUGGGCCACCCACCAAACCGGACAUUAUUGACAGCGGGUACGAGCAGAUCACGCUCGCCUGGAAACCCCCGAUCAGUGACGGAGGUUCCCGUAUCUCCGGUUACAUCGUGGAACGGCGCGAUUUGGCCACGGGGCGUUGGAUUCAGGCGAACAAGUAUCCGGUGCCGAACAUCGAGUACACGGACACGGGCGUAAUUCGGGGCCAUCAGUACGAGUAUCGGGUGUCGGCCGUCAACCAAGCGGGGCAGGGUAACCCGAGCGAUACGUCCUUGAAAUGCUGGGCUCGGCCAAUGCAACAAGCACCGGCCCUCAACAUGGACAGUUUCGGUCGGCGAACGAUUAAGGUGCGGGCAGGGGAACCGAUUGUCAUUACGAUUCCCCUGACGGGAGCACCCCUGCCGACGGUCGAGUGGUCCCGGGGUGGGGUGAAGAUCCCGGAAACUUCGCGUGUCUCGAUCGAUACCAACAUGGAGCAGACGGUGUUCCGGGUGGAUAACAGCACCCGGAACGACUCGGGAACGUAUCGAAUCCGGGCGGCCAAUCAGUACGGUGAGGAUGUGAAGGACUUCGAGGUGAUUGUCGUGGAUCGGCCACAACCACCGAAGUAUGUGUCAGGGCUGGAGACGACCCAGGAUAGUGUGACACUGAACUGGGACGCACCGGCCGAUGACGGUGGGUCGGAGAUUACGGGGUACAGCAUCGAGUACAAGGAGUUCCCGUCGGACAACUGGAAGAUGGUGUUCGGGACGGUACCCCGCUGUUCGCACACGGUGAAGCACCUGACCGAGAACCACGAGUACGUGUUCCGGGUGCGGGCCGAAAACAUCUACGGAGCCUCGGAGCCGACGGAAAGCAAACCGAUCCAACCGAAGAGUCCGGAUCCACCGGAACCGGUGGACAAACCGAGCGUUACCGACUACACACCCAGCUCGUGUACGAUCGCGUGGAAACCUCCGCGCGUCCAGACCCGCCCGAUCGUCGGCUAUCUGGUGGAGAAGCGUGAACGGGGCACGGGUGAGUGGGUCCAGGUCAACAAUUACCCCACGACCAACACGACCUACACGAUCCCGGAUCUGAUGGAAGGCUUCCGGUACGAGUUCCGCGUGAAGACAGUCAACGAGGUGGGCUGCAGUCGUCCGAGUGAACCAACGGAUCCGAUCACCGCUUCGCACCAACGGAAACGUCCGAAUCAACCGGAUCCACCGGCGAUCGAGAAGAUUGCGGCCACGGCGGUAACGCUCUCCUGGCGUACCCUGCGCCGUGACGCGAAGGAACGCAUCAAGGGUUACAUCGUGCAGUACCGGGUGAAGGACGACGAGACGUGGAAGGAUGCGAACGGGCCGGCCGAUCUGAUCACCGACCAAACCUACCGGGUGGAGGGACUGGAGGAGGGUAAGGAGUACCAGUUCCGGUUGGUGGCGGUGAACGAGAUCGGUGCGUCGGACCCGUCGCGACCCAGCAUCUCGGUGACGCUCCAGGAGCAACCGAACAAACCGAUGAUGGAUCUGCGCAACGUGCGCGAUAUCGUCGUCCGGGCGGGCGAGGACUUUAACAUCCACGUCCCGUACACGGCAUUCCCGAAACCGGUCGCAUCCUGGUUCGCGAACGAGGAACCACUGGACACGGAUCGGGACAAGCGUUUCCACACGCAGCUCACCGAGGAAGCGGCCAGCAUCGUGGUGGUGAAGUCGGUCCGGGGUGACACUCGCCAGUACCGGUUGAUGCUAAAGAACCCCUCCGGUUACGAUAUUGCCACGUGCAACGUCCGCGUUAUGGAUCGACCGGGCAAACCGGAAAACAUCGCCGUGGAAUCGUUCGGCGGUGAACAUCUGGUCCUGUGCUGGAACGCUCCGCUCGAUGAUGGUGGUUCACCCGUCACGAACUACGUGGUGGAGAAGAAGGACAAGAAUGCGAGCGCGUGGACGAAGGUGAGCAGUUACUGUACGACCACGUACCUGAAGAUUCGGAACCUGCGGCUCAACCAACCGUACGAUUUCCGGGUGUACGCCGAGAAUAAGUACGGCCUAUCGGAUGCGGCCCAAGCCGAUUCGAUCGUAGCGAAGCAUCCGUUCGAUCCACCGACCCAACCGGGAACUCCGGUGCGGGUUGAGACGACCGAGGAUACCAUCACGGUGAGCUGGACGAAACCGGCCAGCAACGGAGGAUCACCGGUAACGCACUACAUCGUCGAGAAGAAGCUGGCGACGGAGGGUCACUGGUCGAAGGUACAGCAGGGUACCCUGAAGGAUCUGAUGUGUAAGGUGAGCGGACUGUCGGAGAACCACGAGUAUGUGUUCCGGGUGGCGGCCGUUAAUGCGGCGGGCACCAGCCCGUACAGUAACCCGUCCGAUCCGAUCAUGGUGAGCGCGGCGUUUACGGCCCCGAAGAUCACGUCGGACCUGGGGAUGCGCGAUAUCCUGGUGAUUGCGCGCGAUCCGUUCAAGAUCAUCGUACCGUACACGGGCACCCCACGGCCGAACGCGAUCUGGAUGGUGAAUGGUAGCGAGGUGUCGAGGAACGAUCGGAUCGAGUUGCCGAUCAACGAUACGGAGGCGAUCUUCAAGAAUGACAACUCGCGCCGUCUCGAUUCCGGUAGCUACACCAUCCAUCUGGUGAACUGUGUCGGCAAGGAUACCGCGUCCUGCCGGGUGCUGGUGGUGGACAAACCUUCGCCCCCGAUCGGACCACUCGAGGUGUCGGAGAUUACGCCCGAAUCGUGUACGCUGGCGUGGAAAACUCCGCUGGACGAUGGGGGCAGCCCGAUCACGAACUACAUCGUGGAGCGGUACGAACCGCUCGGGUACUGGACGAAGGCGAGUAGCUUUGUGCGGAGCACCCACUACGAUAAUAUGGGGAUGGAGGCGAACAAACCGUACAACUUCCGGGUGCGGGCCGAGAAUCAGUACGGUGUGAGUGAUCCGCUCAUCCUGGAGGAACCGAUCGUCGCACGGUAUCCGUUCACGGUGCCGGAUCCACCGAAUCCACCGCGCGUUUCGGACUGGGACGCUAGCUACGUGACGGUGGCGUGGGAACGGCCACACAUGGAUGGGGGGGCAAGGAUCCAGGGCUAUCGGUUCGAGUACCGGGACGUGACGGACAGUACGUGGAUCACGAACAACUUCCUGAUCAAGGACACCAGCUACCAGGUGUACAAUCUGUUGCCGGGCCGCGAGUACGAGUUCCGGGUGCGGGCCCAGAACGCGGCCGGUGUCAGCAAACCGUCCGCUUCGUCGAAGAAGUUCAAGAUCCACGGCAAGAUUACGGCUCCGGCCGCACCGGGCGCACCGGCGGUGGUGAAGGUUGGCAAGAGCUUCGUCGAUCUGAGCUGGACCACACCGGCCAGCGAUGGUGGUUCGCGGAUCCUCGGCUACUACAUCGAGCGGCGCGAUAUUGGCGGUGCCCGGUGGGUGAAGUGUAACGAGGCGAACAUCCCGCUGACCGAGAUGACGGUGACGAACCUGAUCGAGGGUGGUGUGUACGAGUUCCGGGCGUACGCCGUCAACAACUACGGUGUAUCGCCACCGUCACCGGAAACACGCUCCGUGCGAAUCGGCGAACAGCUUGACACGGAGAAACCGGAAUGGGUGAAGCGCCUGAAGUUUGCGCUCGUCCCACUCGGCAAGUCGGUUGAGUUGAGCUGCGAAGCGCAUGGAAAACCGGAACCCACCUGUCGCUGGCUGAGGAACGGGAAGGAGAUUACGCACGGGGGUCAGUUUGCGGUCGAAAGCAAGAACGGGGUGUUCACGCUGCACAUCUCGAACGUGACGUACCGGGACGAGGGGGAUUACACGUGCGAGGCGCUUAACUUCGUGGGGGUUAUCCACACGACCGGUUCGGUGAAGAUCGGGGUACCGCCGAAGCUGGUGAAUAUCCCUUCGGACGUGUACCUGGUGAAGGGGGAUAACGCGAAGAUCAAGCUCGCGUUCCACGGUGAUCAGCCGAUGGAGGUGAAUAUCUCGAAGGAUCGGGAGCGGCUGGUGGAAACCGAGCACAUCAAGUACACGGUGUUCGAUGAUUACGCCGUGAUCUACAUCCGAGACGUGCUCGAUUCGGAUCGGGGUGUGUAUUUGGUGAACUUUAAGAACGACAGUGGGAGCGUGUCCUGUAACGUGAACGUGCAUGUCACGGGGUUGCCAGGACCACCGACGGGCCCACUGCUGAUCAGUCACGUCACGAAGAACAUGUGUACGGUUUCGUGGAAACCACCGACCGCGGAUGGGGGCCGACGCAUCACGCACUACAUCGUGGAGCGGCGGGACAUCAAAUCGCCGCACUGGCUGAUCGUGUCGAACUACGUCAAGGAGUCGCAGCUCAUCAUCAAGGGCUUGAUCGAGGGCAGCGAGUACCUGUUCCGGGUGUCGGCCGUCAACGAGAACGGUAUCGGGCCCGCGCUGGAGGGGCUCGAUCCGAUCAAGGCACGCGGCCCGUACGAUCUACCAUCGGCCCCGGGCACCCCGAUCAUCCACGAGGUCGGUGGAGACUUCGUGAACCUCGAGUGGGAAAAACCGGUAUCGGAUGGGGGUGCCCGGAUCCAGGGCUAUUGGAUCGAGAAGCGCGAACAGGACACGGACACGUGGCAGCGCGUGAACACGACGCUGUGCGUGAUCUGCACGAUCAACUGCCCGAAUCUGGUCGAGGGACGCCACUACGAGUUCCGGGUGGCCGCCCAGAACGAGAUCGGUGUGUCGGAGUUUUCGCGCGCAUCGCAACUGGUGAAGGUGGAAGAUCCGGAUGUGGUCCGACCGCCGGAAGUCGUGAAACCCCUCAACACGCUCACGUGCGUCCAGAACCGGGGCGUGGAGUUUGUCUGCAAGAUCACGGGUGUUCCCCGUCCGCGCAUUACCUGGCACAAGGGAGCCCGGGAGAUCUGUUCCGGAUCGCGCUAUCACAUGUACAGCGAUGGCGAUACGCACCAUCUGGCGAUCAACGAUGUGUUCGGUGAGGAUGCCGACGAGUACACGUGCCGGGCCGCGAACCGGGGUGGUGUCCGUUCGACGAAGGCAUCGCUCAUCAUUAAAUCGCCACCGAGGUUAAACGUACCGCCGCGGUUCCGUGAUACGGCAUUCUUCGACAAUGGGGAAAACAUCGAGAUUAAGAUUCCGUUCACUGGGUUCCCGAAACCACGGUGCCACUGGACGCUGAAGGGUGAGCAGAUUGAGUCGGGCAGCCAUUACCACAUCGAGACGCGGGAACGCCACACGGUCCUGACGAUCCGCGAUGGUUCGCAGCUCGAUUCCGGCACGUACACGAUCACGAUCGAGAACGAGCUGGGUCAGGAUACGGCCGACAUUCGCAUCCAGAUCAGUGAUCGGCCGGAUAAACCGCGCAACCUGACGGUGGAUCAGGUGGGGUUGGAUCACGUCACGCUCAGCUGGUUGCCACCGGCGUGGGAUGGUGGCGCGAGCAUCACCAACUACAUCGUCGAGAAGCGUGAGGUCCCCCUGUCGACCUGGAUCCGGGCCGGUACGACACGCUUCAAUCAGCUCAUUAUUCCGCACCUUUCGCCGGGCCAUCAGUACGAGUUCCGGGUGUUUGCGGAGAAUGUGUACGGGCGGUCGGAGCCAUCGGAUCAGACGGAGCUGAUCAGCCUGAAGGAUCUGGGCAUCAAGCCGGCCAAGCGCGUCAAGUACGAGCUGGACGAGAACGGCAAGCCGAAGCGCCAGGGCCGAAAGGAGGCGGUGUCGGACUAUGACGAUUACGUGUUCGAUGUGUACUCGAAGUACCACCCGAAGCCGGUCGAGAUCUCGAACAAGAGCGUGUACGAUCAGUACGAGAUCCUGGAGGAGAUCGGUACGGGUGCGUUCGGGGUGGUCCAUCGGUGCCGGGAGCGCAAGACGGGCAACGUGUUCGCGGCCAAGUUUAUCCCGGUGUCGACGGGCGCGGAGCGGGAGCUGAUCCGGCGGGAGAUCGACAUCAUGAACCAGCUGCACCACCGGAAGCUGAUCCACCUGCACGACGCGUUCGAGGACGAGGACGAGAUGGUGCUGAUCUACGAGUUCCUGUCCGGGGGCGAGCUGUUCGAGCGCAUCACGACCGAGGGCUACCGGAUGUGCGAGCAGGAGAUCAUCGAGUACAUGCGGCAGAUCUGCGAGGCGGUCCGGUACAUGCACGAGCGGAACAUCCUUCACCUGGACCUCAAGCCGGAGAACGUUAUGUGCCAGACGCGCAACACCAACCAGGUGAAGCUGAUCGAUUUCGGGCUCGCCACCAAGCUGAACCCGAACGAGAUGGUCAAGAUCUCGACCGGGACGGCCGAGUUUGCGGCGCCCGAAAUCGUCGAACGGGAACCGGUCGGCUUCUACACGGACAUGUGGGCCGUCGGUGUCCUGGCGUACGUGCUGGUUAGCGGCCUGUCACCGUUUGCCGGGGAAACCGAUAUCGACACGCUGAAGAACAUCAAGCAGGGCACGUGGGAGUUUGAUGAGGUCGCGUUCCGGGAUGUGUCGGAGGAGUGUAAGGACUUUAUCCGCCGGCUGCUGAUCAAGACGAAGGAGAAGCGUAUGACGGCACACGAGUGUCUGGCGCACGCGUGGUUAAGCGACACGUACAACAGCUCCACCUCGGUGAUCUCGAUCGAGCGCUACAAGCAGCUGCGUGAUCUGAUCCGCCGCAAGUACGAGAACUGGGCGUCGUUCGUGUUACCGCUGGGUCGCCUGUCCGAGUACUCGGCACUGCGCAAACUGCUGAUCCAGAAGUACAAGAUCAUCGAGACGUCGGUCGAUCGGCGACAGGCUGCACCGCGGUUCGUGAUCCGGCCCCAGUCGGCGUUCUGCUACGAGGGCCAGAGCUGCAAGUUCUACUGCCGGGUGAUCGGGGUGGCUACGCCGGUGCUGACCUGGUACCACAACAACCAGGAGCUGAAGCAGUCGGUGAAGUUCAUGAAGCGGUACGCCGGGGACGAUUACUACUUCAUCAUCAACCGGGUCAAGCUGGACGAUCGGGGCGAGUACAUUAUCCGGGCGGAGAACCACUACGGGGCGCGCGAGGAGGUGAUCUUCCUGAACGUGCACCCGAUGUCGAAGCAGGUGCCGAUCUACAAACCGGAAACGCUCACGAUCCGCAAGCGCGAACCGAGCCCCCGGCCGUUCUGGCAGGAGGAGGCCGACGCGGCCCCGUCCUUCACGUUCGCGCUCCGGCCGCGCGUCAUGCAGAUGCGCGACACCUGCAAGCUGCUGUGCUGCGUCACCGGCAAACCGAUGCCGGCGGUGAAGUGGUACAAGAAUGGGCGGGAGCUGAGCAAGUACGAGUACACGAUGACGCACACGGACGGGGUGGUCACGAUGGAGAUCAUCGACACCAAGGUGGACGAUUGCGGCGAGUACAAGUGUGUGGCCGUCAACCCGCUCGGUAAGGCGGAAACGAACUGUGUCGUGAUCGUCGAGGAUCACCGUGCCGAGGCGCACCAGCCCACCAAGCAGCCGGAAACGAAGAGACCGGCGCUCAAGAAACCGGAACCGGCCUCGGGCUCCUCCCGGCUGGGAGCUCCGGUGAACGAAGCCCGCUCCAGGAACUCCACCCGCGAACUGAUGCCCCUGCAAUCGGACAGUCUGAUGCACCCGCCGGAGUUCAGCAAGCUGCUGAAGGAUGUGGUGGCGGCCGACGGUGAACCGUUGCAGCUGAACUGCCACGUGGGCGGUGAUCCGUUGCCGCAGAUCGUCUGGACCAAGGACGGCAAGAAGCUGGCGUCGUCCGAUGUGAUCGACAUCAAGUACAAAUCCGGUAUCGCCAGCCUGCGCAUCAACGAGCUGUUCCCGGAGGACCGGGGUGUCUACGUGUGCACCGCCAAGAACUCGAUGGGCGAAUCGUCCACCCAGUGCACGCUGGACGUGAAGAAGGGUCCAACGUCCACCGCGCGCCCCGAGGGUAAGGGUGUGCCGAUCAAGGCACCCGUCAUCCAGCGGCACGCCGAGUCCGGGUACCACUCGGACGGCUCCGAGGUGUUCAUCUCCUGCAGCAUCAAGUGCGUGGAUCCGUUCAACGUGAUCUGGCUGCACGAUAACCGGGAGAUCAAGAAUUCGGCCGACUUUGAGUAUCUGGCCGAUGGUGACAUCCACACGUUGCACAUUGCGGAGGUGUUCCCCGAGGAUGCCGGCACGUACACGUGCGAGGCGUUCAACAAGGGAGGCGAGAGCUUCAGCUCCUGCACCAUCACCGUGCUGGCGCAGGAAGAGCAGAAGGAGAAGGCAACGUUCGCCCGGUUCCCGGGCUCGCUGAGCGUGCUGGACGGGGCGAAGGCCGUGUUCACGUGCGAAACGUACGAGCCACCGUCGAAGCUGCAGUGGUACAAGGACGGGGAACCGAUCAACGAGUCGUCUAAUCGGUAUCGCUUCGUGAAGAAGGACAACAAGUACACGUUCUCGGUGGCCAAGUGCUCGUUCGAGGACAUCGGCCAGUACCAGGUGCGCGUGGUGACGCGCGCCGGCGAUGCGCUGGCUUCGUUCUCGCUCAACGUCAGUGCCUAGGCCCGGCUCCUGUAGGCGCGCCCCUGCGGAACUACUACUACUACUACUACUACUACUGUUAAAUGUUUAGGCUGUAACGAGGAUAAGCGAUAGUGUACCGAAGCCAAGCCAUUUCGUUUCGAUCCUUUCUUUCUGUUCGAUGUAUUCAAACCAUUUGUGGGGAGAGGAAAGGGCCAUGCCGUGUGUGGGUGAAGGUGAGUUUUACAUAACCUUUUUACGUAAUCUAUCAUUUGGUUAUCGGUUAAAGUUGUUAAGUUUAAUUUUUGUAAAUUAUUGCAAAUAAUAAAGAAAAAUGGU